AUGCUCGUCGCCGGGCGCGCCGUCCAGGGCGCGGGAUCGGGUGGCAUCAUCAUGGUCUCGAGCAUCAUCCUCAGCGACCUGGUGCCGCUUCGCCAGCGCGGCAACUAUUCGGCUAUGCUGAUGUCAGUCUUUGGCAUUGGUUCUGCCCUGGGACCCUUCAUCGGUGGCGCUAUUGUCUCUUCGACGAAUUGGAGAUGGGUAUUUUACCUAAAUCUUCCCAUCGGGGUAGCCGCUGUCGCCGUCCUGUUUAUAUUUCUCCGAGUCAACUUUGACAAGGAGAUGUCAUUCCUGCAGAAGCUGAAGCGGAUCGACUUCGUUGGAAACGGCAUGCUAGUGGCGAGUACUGUUUCCAUCCUCUACGCCUUGAGUUAUGCUGGCACGAGAUACCUCUGGGGCUCGUGGCAUACACUGGUGCCGCUCCUGCUGGGCUUCUUUGGCCUGUUCGUCUUCGCGUUGGUACAAGCCGCUGGUCUCUCAUCCGAGCCCCUUAUGCCACCUCGUUUCUUCCAGACUCGCACUUCUGUCAUCUUGGCCAUUUCCACCUUCCUGUCUUCAGCCUUGCUCUACUGGUGCAUAUUCUUCCUACCAGUCUUUUUCCAGAGUGUGAAACUCUACUCCCCGAGGCGAGCAGGCGUGGCCCUGCUACCCAUCUCCCUCCUCGGCAUCCCCGGCUCCAUGGUCGGCGCUUUUGCCCUCACCCGCUGGGGCCGCUACAAGCCCAUCCACAUCGCAGCCUUCGCGAUCCAGACACUUGGCCUGGGCCUGUUCACACUCCAGCGUGAGACUACAACAGCAGCAGAAUGGGCUAUAUUUCAGUGUAUAGCUGCCUUCGGCGCCGGUAUGAUCUUUACAACCAUGCUGCCCGCCUUUCAGGCCUUUGUGCGAGAGCGUGACAUUGCUGCCUGUACGGCGGCCUGGUAUUUCAUCCGCCUUUUUGGUCACAUCUGGGGGGUUACGAUACCUGCCGUGAUCUUCAACAACCGGAUUGACGAGCUGCUGACCGGCGGCGCAAUCUCCGAUCCCGACGUAGCAGGCAUCAUAUCGGCAGGCGGCGCGUAUCAAGCCGCAUCUGCUGCCUUUGUGGAGCGGUUCCCACCGGCGGUGCAGGUUGAGAUUCGCGCCGUUUACAGGCAGGCCUUGCAGCGCGUCUUUCAAAUUGCCAUUGUUUUUAGUGGCCUGGCAUUCUUGUUGUCGCUCUUUGAGGAAGAGGUUGAGUUACGCAAAACCCUUGAGACCGACUUUGGUCUGGAGAAGGAAAAGGAGGAGCACGUCGGGAGCCAUGCUGGCAAGUGA